AUGGACAUCAUGGCUGACUCACUGCUGAUGCUGUCGACGGAGGAUCUUCUUCAAAGAUUAAAAGAAGCUGGAAUAAACGUCUCUGAAGACGAAGCAAAGAAAUUCAGAGCUGAAGGAAUUGGUUACAAUAACACUAGGACCAGUGCCAGCAGAAUCCUAUCAACAAACUUUGACUACAGAAAUUUGUGUGAUGAAGUUGACCGGAUGCAUUCAUCAGCUGUCAGUUUAAGCCAGCGCUUCAAGGAAGUCUUUACCAGUAUUGUGCCAAAAGUGCUUGAGCUUCAAAGAAAUACUCCAUUGGCCAAAAUCUACAAAGAAGCAAGAGAAGAGAUGCUUGCUGAAGAUCUACCAGAUUCUGACUUUCGUACAGCACUGAUUCUGCUGCCCCACAUCUUUAAAGAGAAAGCUGAGAGCUUAAUCACAUUGGGAGAGUGUGAUGCUGAUAAUCCAUACCCAACCAUACAGUUGGUAGAAACUGACUGGAAAAUGGCUUUCUCCAAGAGGGUUCAAGUCCUUGUCAAAGCAGAUGGUGUGGAGAUGUGCAGGGGAAUAGGAGUUGAAGAAAGGACACUUGCAGCCUGCAGUGCUUACUAUGUUUUCAACUUCGCUUAUCCACCCUACAUGAAGAAUACACUGACCUUCCUGCAGCAUGCCAUAGCAAAGAUUACUGUGGUGGGUGGCAAGCCCCUUCCAAUAACUGUCACCCAAGUACUUAAUAUCCUGUGCUAA